AUGGCAAGAUUUGAAAUCUGGCUUGUGGUGGCGUUCAUUCCAUCGUUAGUUGCGGGGUACAAUUCCCUGUCAACGAAACAAGUGUCGGAAGCAAAAACUCGCCUCCGCACCGUUCUUAAAAACUACAAAGCGGUCUUAACCACCCCGGGCGGUGGGAACGGGGGCCUGACCACACCUUUGCUCGCGACAGCAGUGCGUCUUAACUUCCACGACUGCGUCGGUGGUUGCGAUGGCUGCAUCAACUUUGCUAACGAGGAUAACAAAGGUUUAGAGCCCAUCGUCAAGGUUUUGGGAGAUGUGUACGACAAGGAAGGAUUCUCAGCAGUCAUGUCAAGGGCCGAUUUUUGGGCACUGGCUGGAAUAGCAGCUCUUGAGCUGGCGGCUGAAAACCAACGCUGUCGCGGUCGUUUUUGCUCGGUGCCGAAGCCAAGCGUGACCUUUAAAUGGGGUCGCAAGGAUUGCGCCAGUUCACCAACAACCAAAGAUAUGAGAGAACUCCCCAAUAACCAUGGUGAUUUAGCACAUGUUAAAAAAUAUUUUAGAGAGGAAUUUGGACUUAACACUCGUGAAGUGGUAGCUCUGAUGGGGGCCCACACUUUGGGGGCGGCACAUCGUAACCAGUCUGGUUUCGCCGGCAGAUGGGUUCCACGCCGCGAUGAACUAAGCAACCAGUUCUAUCAAAUCUUGGUAAACCCUAAUUUCAACUGGACACAGAGCGGUUUUGUGCGACCACAAAGGCCACUUCGUCCUUUUAGACCUUUUAGACCUAACAGACCCACCCCACCCCCACGCACGCCAAAAUAUCAAUGGGACGGCAAUCCAGUGGGCUUCAUGCUUAACACCGACGUCUGUCUUUACAAAAAUCUGAAACUCGAAGCUGAUGGGAAGAGCAAGUGUACCUUCAACACAUGUGGAGCCUCUGAAACAGCAUCUAUUGUUUCAGAAUAUGCCGCCAAUAAUGCUCUUUGGAUGAAAGAGUUCUCCAAGGUGUAUGAGAAAAUGAUAAGCAAUGGCUACGACGACUUAAAAUUGCCGGGAUAA